AUGAAAGUGAUCAUUGAACACCUCCGCGCCGGGACAGUUCCGCACGAGAUCAUCGAGGAGCUAUUACACGGGGGCGUGAAGUUUUACGAAGGUUGCCUCAUCGUGCGCGUGGUCGACCACAAGUCUGUCUCCGCCCAAGCCCAAAAGACUUCUGUGUCAACAAACAACGAGAACAACAGCCCGUUCUCUCUUCACAACUACAACGAGCACGUCACUCCCUCGGCAUUUGUCCCAUAUCCGAAGCAGAACCAGCUCACCACCGACGUACAAAGCUCUAAGCCACCAGAGACCCCAACUCCUGGCCAAAGUCAGGCUGAGAACCAAACGAAGGGUGAGAGUUCUGAACCUCAGAGCCAAGCGAGCGGAUCGGAGCAGAAAUCUGGCUCACCUAAGCCUCGUGUCUUCACCACUGUUCUUCACCCUACGCCACGUGUGUUACAGGCAGAAUUGACUCUUCUCGUGACCACCCCGGACCCAAAAGCCGCUGCUUCAAACCAAGCUUCCCGUACACAAUCCUCCUCAGUCAUCCCUCAAUCGCCUGUCACCACACAACCCGAGCGGGGCCAUCCUGCAAAGCGACAGAAGACACUUGUGGAGCCGCAAGACCUUCCCGAGUGUGAAGCGCUUCUUGUGAAUAGCUUGGCUCCCCCUCUCUAUCUCGAUACCGUGGACAGCUUUGAAGAUUCACAAGUUCUGCUGGACUUCCUGAAGAACCCACUGCACAACGAUCCGCCACCAUCGCCUAAGCGCCGCAAGAGAACCGUGGCCGAGCUUGCUGCAGACGAGGCGCUCGCAGCUGAGGAAGAACGGUUCAUGCUCAUCAUGGAUGAACGUCUACAGCCUAACGCUUCUGGAGCAGCUGGCACCUCCAAGACCGCUGUUGUGGAUGACACAGCCGGUGUGGCACCGUUUGAACCUCGCUUCUCGCGCUUCAAGACUUUGGAGACGAUUCGCAUGCAGCACGAGGAAAAGGCGAAACGUGAGCAUGAGAUGAAGCUGAAACAAGAACUGGCCAAGAGACAGCAACAAGAGCAAGAAAAGGAGCGACGCCGUGCCUUGGAACAACAGCAAGCAGAGCAGCAUGCCAAGGAGGAGGCGCGCAGACAGCAACUCGCUGCCCAGCAGGCACAAGCUCAACUGGCAGCUCAAAAUCGCCACGUCAUGGCCCAGCCGAAUGGUGUCACUCAAGGGCAGCAGUCCUCCCCCAUCGUACGCCACCAAACCCCCCACAGCACUUCCUCGCCGCUUGUUGGUAACGCUAUGGCGACACAGGCCGUUCCAAUGAGUAUCAGCGCAUCUCAGCAGUCAGGAAGCCCGCCACGACCUCCAUCCUCUAUGCAGCACGCGCAUCCAAACAUGAUGGCCCACCCUAUGGCACCUUCCAGAAGUCAGCAAGGAGCUAGCCGACAUGGAACACCACAGAUGACCCAGGCUACACCGGCGAUGUCACAAGCCACCCCUAUCAUGCGCAAUGUCACUCCGACUCAGCGAAUGAAUCACGGCAGUCCUACUCACACCAUGGCUCAAACCCCGAUGAUGAACCAGCCUAUGGCCCAAAAUCCGCAGAUGAAUGGUGCUGCAAUGGGCCUCACUCCGCAACAGCAAAUGUUAUUACAACAGAGACAACAGCUCCUUGCUCAACAAGGUGGUCAAAUGGCUGGCGCGACCCAGUUUACUCCACAACAACUUGCUCAGAUGCAAGCGAACGCGCACGCUGCUCAGAAUAUCAAGUCUCAUCAGCAACAGCAAAUGCUGCAGGCCCAACAAGCCCAGCAGGCUCAGCAGGCCCAGCAUCAACAGCAGCAGCAGCAGCAGCAGCAGCAGCAGCAGCAGCAGCCCAAUAUGCAAAACAUUCCUCAGCACAGCCAGCAAGCAUACCAGGCACAGCUCAUGCGGGCUCAGUUCGCGCAGAUGCAAAUGGUGAAACAGCAGGGAGGCCAGAUUCAGCAAGGUCAACCGAACCAACAGCAGCAACAAAUCCAUCAGGGCAGUCCACAAAUGACCGCUCAACAGCAGCAACAGCAACAGCAACAACAACAGCAACAACAGCAACAGAUGCUGAUGGCUGCCGCUCAAGCAAAUGGAGGCCAGAUGCCAAACAUCCAAGGCAACAUUGCUCAACGUUACAACCGACUCUACCAGCAACGUCUCCUUCAGUUGCGUCAUGAGAUGUCCCAGAGAUACAUGACCCAGUAUGGACCACCAACUCAAUAUCCACCUCAGAUCGCCCAGCAAUAUGGUGCUGGGUUGGAGAAGAGUGCUAAGGUAUGGGUGCAAGAUUUGAUGCGACGUGAUCGAGAAGCUGCUCAGCAACAGCGAGCAAGUGCUAUGCAUGCUCAACAGAUGCAGCAGCAACAGCAGCAAAAUAUGAUGCAUAAUGGGAUGGGGAAUUGA